CGGUAUAGCCGCAAGAUGGCGUAAUACAUGCGACGCUGCUUUUGACGUUCGUGUAUGAGUUUUUUUUUGGUUCCUUCUACUUUGAAAACGGCAGGAAGCAAAAAUUGUUAGUUCGGUGUUUAGUCUUCGCUAGUCUGACUGAGGAUGUGGUGGAAAGAGUUGAGUACGAUAGGAGAUAUUCAACGGAAUAGGAUUUCGAUUUCGAGUACAUAGUACGCGAGACACACGAGGUCCCGCGAUUGGCCAGUUUAUGAGACGACGAUGGCUCCGUGAGGAGAGAACAUGGCUGCGACGCAAGCCGAGAGCCAACAAAACGAUGUGAAGCUGAACGAGUCCGUGAAAUGUGCACAGAAACGUCCGCAAGUCGGUGGGAAUAGUGCAAGUGUUAAUACGAAGCAGCAGCUGGAUCCAGAGCCGGGUGAUAAAGUGUCCCGGGGCGCGGCCCAGCUGCUUAAAUAUGUGAAUCGCGGCGGGGACACGGGUUUCGAGAUGAGUCAAUACCGCGAGGACAUUGGUGGACACACUGCCGGUGAAGUCAAAUCACCAAGGGAGGCUGGACAAGCUCCUCAAGAAUCUAUCGGCAAACAAGAGCCUCUCGAUACGCCCGGGCAUCCAAACCAUCCCGGACAUCCGUUCACCUCGAACGUAAUACGCGAUUAUCCGGAGGAGUAUACCAACAAAUCAAACGAAUUUCCCUCCAAAUCAUUGACCGAUUAUCCAGCGAAGCAGGUACCAGAGUACAUGGGAAAGCAUGGAGACUUUUCAGGGAAACAGUUGGAUUAUCAUGGUAAACACUUAAUACAUGAAAGUGAAAGAGUUCAUCGGGUCGAAAUGGAAGAGCAUUAUGCAGCUUCCAAGAUUGAAUCACGAUUGGCAUAUGUAGGGGCUACGCCAACCAGUUUUCCGGGUCAACCAAGGUUUUUAUCAGGGCAAAGUAUAUCACAAGCUACUGGUCCAACACCAACGUUAAAUCAGUUACUCCAAGCAUCUACUCCUGUUCACCGUUUUCAUGGAAAUUAUCCUGGAAUGGGGCCAGAGCCUUAUCAACAACCAUGGCCCAUCCAACGACCCCCAGUUGUCCCUCCGGUUUAUCCACAACCUGGCCAACGUCCUCCACAGACGGGGUCACCAAGAUUGCAUGCAGGACCUGGAGGACCAAGUUCCCCAACUCCUAUGCCAUAUCAACAAUAUACACAACGUUAUUCUUCUCCUACAAGACCUCAUGCACCAUACAGCCACCAUCAGCUAAACUCAUAUACUACGCAAACUAGCCAUCCUUCCAGUUUAUACACAGAACAGAGAGGUUGGAAUCAAGGUGGACCACCAAAUCCACCACCACCUUCAGCCAAUCAGACCAAUCCUUCCAGCCAAUCACCACAGCGUGCUCUUUCUCAAUCCCCAGCACCACCACCUUCUGCAUCUCCACAACCACAGUCAACUAGCCAAUCUCAAAGUUUCCAUAACUUACAGCAACGAUCAACAACACCAAAUACUCAAGGAAUAGAUUCAGGGGAAUUAUCUGGACAAAAUAGUAACGAUAGUUCGAAUGGACCUGCUUGUCCUGGAACACCAAAUUCACAGGGGAUGAGACCCACCCCUUCUCCUACAGGAUCUACAGGUUCUCGCUCGAUGUCCCCUGCUGUUGGUCAACAAAACGUUCAGAUGCCUCCACGCCCGUCAAGUAGCCAGUCAGAUGGUAGUGGACCUGCACGAAUGAGUCACUCUCCUAUGACAACUCAAGGAGCAUACCAGCAGCCAUUGGGUCCUUCGCCACACAUGCAUAGCUAUAAAAUGAAUAACACUGGUCCUGGUGUUGUUCAACCAGGACCUGGUUCUACAAGCCUUGGUGGAAUAAACCCAAUGGGUGGUGGUAUGGGAUAUGCAGCUGGUGGAACGACUGCAGGUCAGCCUGGGGGUUAUCAUGGGCAAGGUCCCUAUCCACCUCCCCGUCCACAUGUACAAUUUCCACAGGGAUAUCCAUCACCAGCUAAUUCACAACCACCACCCAACAAUCAGUAUCAAGCUUCUAAUAGGCCCAAUAAUUUGGUGCAAUAUCCUCCAUAUACACAUAAAAUGGGAUUUAAUAGUGUACCACCAGGGAUGCCACCUAGUCCAGGACCACCUCAGGUUUAUGGAGGUAGUGGUACAACAGGUAUGGUACCUCCAGGUGCCCCUGGAGUAGCCGUGAUUGGUAAUAUGGGUCCACCGGCAAGUUCAAUGGGUCCUCCACCUCCAUCCCCUAAUCACGUUAGUAGUCAACCACCACCAACCAGCUCAGCUGUACCACAUUUGCAUACUCCUGCGGCUACACCACCUCUCAAUCACGAAGGAAGUCCAAUGCCUCCACCAAGUACUACACCCAAUUCACAUCCCGCUUCAACACCAACACCAACUAGCCAUAGUUCUGCAGAUCUUACUACUGAAACUUCUAAUGAUAGUGGCAUAACUACCACUGCUUCAGGUACAUCAGUUAUAAAUGUUACUUCCACUUCAAGUGGCACUGUUACAUCUGUAAUAACAACUGGUCCUGAUGGUACAUCCUUAGAUGAAGGUUCUCAACAGUCGACGUUGUCAAACGCAUCAGCUGCUUCUGGAGAAGAUCCAACAUUUCCACCAAAGGUACGGAAGGAUAUGAUGGGAGGAUAUCAUAGCCAUCCAACUACACCACAGAGUACAGUUCCAUCACCUGGUGCUGCGAGUAUUAACUCCAUACACGAAGAAUAUCCUGAUAUGAACAGUCCUGGUUGGCCACGUACUCCUGCUAGUCCUGUAUUUAACAGUCAUGUGCCUCAAGACCCGUACAGACCUAAGAAACCAGACAGUUUAGCAAAGCUGUAUGAAAUGGAUGAUACAAUGGAACGAAGAACAUGGUUGGAUAAAUUAGUUAACUUCAUGGAAGAACGAAGAACACCUAUUACUAGCUGUCCUACCAUCUCCAAGAACCCCCUCGACCUAUUUCGGCUAUACCUCUACGUGAAAGAGAGGGGGGGCUUCAUGGAGGUAUGCAAGGUGACCAAAAAUAAAACGUGGAAAGAUAUAGCUGGAUUAUUGGGCAUUGGUGCAAGUAGCAGUGCAGCAUACACACUAAGGAAACACUAUACCAAGCAUUUGUUAGCGUAUGAAUGUCAUUUCGACCGUGGAGGUGUCGAUCCUCAGCCUAUCAUAAAUCAAGUUGAAGCUGGUUCAAAAAAGAAACCAUCAAAAGGAACUGCCUCCGUACCUUCACCAGGAUCUUCCAAUUCACAAGAUUCCUUCCCUGCUGCUGGAUCAAGUAAUGCUUCCAUGGAUGGUUAUGGAAGUUAUCAGAGUGGUUAUACUGGUGGUACACCCGGAGGACCCUCGUCAGAGUAUACACCUCCUCCUCCAAGACCACCUAGUCAGAGUAGUGCACCUUCUCCACAUCAAGGUGGUUUGAACCAGGGCGGGCAGAAUAGCACGAAUCCGUUCGACGACGGCGUGGGACGCCUUUUUCGCAAGUCGAACGCAACGCCCCACCCUGGUCCGCUACGAGCCUCAGGUAUACAACAAGGCAGUUACCAGAAUACAGGUUCCUACCAAAACUACCCUCAAGAUCAGUACAAUCGGUCGCAAGCAAACACAUUGUCACAACAGGGAGAAUUUAAUCAACCUUACUCACCGCGAUCACAUUAUUCACCUUAUGUACCAGACGUUGAUAGAGGAUACCCUGGGGGAAAUAUGCCGCCGAACAAUGCUAGCGGACAAGAUAUAUACAAUAGAUAUAGUAGUAGUCAACAGCCAGCAAAUUAUUCGGCGGGUACACCACCUAAUGCAAGAAGUAAUAGCUAUCCAUCUGCGCCUCAAGCACAUCCACCUACUGUACCGCAACAAACGGCAACGAGCCAACCUUCUUCACCUUCACAGCCUUCUGCUGCUUCGUCUUAUUCUUGCCCUCAAGAUUAUUAUCGACCGGAACAGGGUGGAUAUGGAGCUCCUGGAGGAACACAGAUAUACUCAGGUGGUGCGAAUGCAAAUAAGAAUAUGCCACCGCCACCGCCAGGUCCAAAUCCACCUAGACGUCACCCAGAUUUUGCCAAAGACCAACAGUAUCCGCAAUAUAAUCAACAACGACCAGCCUACCCAGGAUGGCCAAAUACAACUAAUCAGUACAAUAGUAAUAGUGGAAAUAAUAGAGUUCAAUAUCCAUCUCAACCACCACAACCCCAGGUACAGCAACAACAACCACAACCGCAACAACAAACACCACAGUCUGCUUCUUCUACACCUUCGUCAGUACUUCCUAAUAGUCAACAGUGGGGUAGCCAGCAACCAAAUAGAACCACACCUCAGCCGACAUUGAAUGCUAUAGCUCACGCUCCUCCACCGUGGGAUCAUCGUUAUACGAAUCAACCGUCCCCUCUUUAUCCUACACCUGGAAAUCAUCAGAAUCAGCUUGGUAUAAAUCCCAUGAUUAGCCAGCAGCCAACAUCGAAAAGAGAAAUGACAUUCCCUCCCGAUAGUGUGGAAGCGAUGACACCACUUCUGUACAAACGGCGGAAACUUACACGUGCCGAUGUAGCACCGAUAGAAGCUUGGCGUAUUAUGAUGGCCUUGAGGUCAGGCUUAUUAGCCGAAAGCUGUUGGGCUCUUGAUGUAUUAAAUAUCUUACUAUUCGAUGACUCUUCUGUAAGUUAUUUCGGGCUGGCACACUUACCUGGGCUGUUGGAUGUUUUGUUGGAACAUUUCUCACGUUCUUUGUCCGAUAUGUUCGAAUCACCAGUAAAUGAAGAUGAUCGAAAUUGGAACCAAUCAGCAGAUGGUCCGGAAGUCGAUCUCGGUGCCGUAACACGUCCCAUUGAUCCUGAAGAUCGAACGAAAUUACUUUCAUCAGCAAAUUACACGUUUCUGUCGAGACGUGGUCGUCCAGUAAAAAUCGUUCCAAGAGAUGACGAUUUGUUUGUUCUAGACACAAGGAGAUCUUGGGAUCAUCAAGACUGUGAAUCAGAAACUGAACCCUGGCAAGUUGAUAAUAAUACCACUAAGUACAUAGUGACGUGUUUUCAAUCUGAAAUAGGAUCAGUACCAUUUGCCCGCCUCCUUCGAGACGAGAAACCGCCUUUGCUGCAGAAGGAAGUAGAGUGUACAGACAUGAAAGACGAAACCAAAGCAGAUUCUGGUACACUCGAAGCAUCAGAGUUCUCUCAAAAGACAGCUGAACCUGGGGAGAAACCAAAAGAAACGAAUGAGAAGAAACAGCUAGACAAGAAGAAGAAGACAAAAACUUUGAGUGAUGUUUUGUCGAGGAUUAAGAAAGAACCGGUUGAGAUGAACGAUCUUACGAGAGAACUAUUUGAGAAAAAGAACGACGGGUUCAAGAAAGAGUGUGACACCGAGACAAAGGUGAAUAACAAUAUGGGUGAACACUUUGCAGACAUACCGAAACCCGAAGAGGAGGCCGUGCCUACACAAAACGGUUUGAACGACAUGACAAGCAACGCCGAGGUGGAGAAAAUUGAGAUCAAAGUGGAGAACGAGGAACAAGAAUCAGUAAUGAAAGAUGAUAAUAAGGAGGGACCAAGAUUAAACAUAAAAGAUCCAGCUGGCACGUUAAAAAGAAGACGAAUAAGUGACUACGAGGACGAGAGUUACUCGAGGGACGAAGCAAGUUUGUAUCUUGUUACAGAGACGCAAGAUAACCUGGCUCGACGUUGCGUCUGUUUGUCCACAAUUCUAAGGAAUCUCACAUUUAUCCCGGGCAACGAGGCUGAAUUCGCCAAGAAUGUAACGUUUCUGAGUCUUCUUGGUAAGUUAUUGUUACUGCAUCACGAACAUCCGGUAAGGACGCAGAAAACACGAAACUACGAUCGCGAGGAGGACGCAGAUUUCGCAGACUCUUGCAGCAGCUUACAAGGAGAGAGCGAGUGGUGGUGGGAUUUUUUGCAUCACAUCAGAGAAAACGUGCUGGUUAUGGCAGCAAACAUAGCCGGUCACAUGGAUCUAAGUCAACACCCAGAAGAAAUAUCUCGACCGGUGUUGGAUGGUCUUCUGCAUUGGGCGGUGUGUCCUGCUGCUCAUGGACAAGAUCCUUUCCCCACUGUUGGCCCGAACUCUUCUUUAUCACCGCAACGACUAGCACUGGAGGCUUUGUGCAAGCUUUGCGUGACGGAAUGCAACGUAGAUCUAGUAGUUGCUACACCCCCUUACUCAAGACUUCAGAGACUUUGCUCGGUAUUGACCAGGCUACUCUGCCGAAGUGAGGAGCAAGUGUUGCGCGAGUUCGGCGUGAACUUGCUUCACUUUCUAUCUGCAGCAGACAGUGGUGUGGCUCGUACAAUCGCUUUGCAGACACCUUGCGUGGCCCUAUUGGUGGCGUUUAUCGAACAGGCAGAAUCAAGUGCAUUGGGGGUUGCAAAUCAACAUGGAUUGGCUGCACUACGUGAUAAUCCUGAGUCAAUGGGCACCAGUUUGGACAUGCUGCGACGUGCUGCUGGUACGCUGCUGAACCUCGCCAGGCAUCCUGAUAACAGAACUCUGUUAUUACAGCACGAAUCACGAUUACUCGCCUUGGUGAUGAGUCAAAUUUUAGAUCAGCAAGUGGCCGCAAUCGUUGCUCGUGUAUUGUUCCAGUGUUCCAGGGGCACGUAACUUUCUUUUACUAAUGGAUGGUAUAUUUUUCUUCAUUUUUGUUCUUGGUUGAUCCGCGGGUGUUUGUUUGUUUAGCCCCUUUUGUGCAAAAAGUGAUGAUGAUGAUCAGUUUUUGUUUCCAAACAAAAGACAUGGAGAAAGAGACAGCUUGUAGAGAAAAAAAGCUGCUGUUGCUGCUAUUCAUUUUAGGGAAUAUGAGAGCGAGAUAGAGAGCGAAAAUUUGUUAGAAAGGUAGUUAAAUGGAGUGCGAGUGAAAUGAAGAAUUAUAUAGAGAGAACAGCGACGAAAAAAAAAGGAAAUGCGGGAUAUAGAGUGUGCAGAGAAGGAACAAAGUGUCGAUAUAAUAUAUAACGCCAUGUGGUUGUAGUUUUAUAUCGAAUAACAAAAAAACCAGAGAAGUAAGAAAGUUAAUUAUUGGUGUUAGUGAGUUAAGGUAUACUGCGACGAUAUUUGCGUCAACGCACGUCGAGUAUACCUUUCCUACUUGAUGAAUUGGGAUAAUAUCGAUAGUGUAAGAUAUUUCAUAGUUAAUGAAGAAGAAAGAAAAUUUCGCGAGAGGAAGGACUAAACUGUGAACAGAGAAAAACCGAGAAACGGAAAUAAUGAGAGAACUCGAGGAGAUAUUAAAUGGGGUGUAGUGAUAGAGGGACGACAGGGAGGGAGUAAAAAAGAAAAAAAUGAAACAAAGAUGUUAGAAAGACGAGAGAAAUGAAACAAACGUUUAGCAGCAUAAUAAUAUAUAUAUAAAAAGAAAAAAUGAGACGAUUGAAACUAACAAAAAAAGAAAUCUGUUUUGACGAACCUAAAAUGGUGCGAUGUGGAGCGAUAAUAUCGGGUGACGAUUAUAUAUAUAAAUAUUAACGAUAAUAUAAUGCAAAUUUUUAUAUUUGCAUGUUUUGUGCUGUAAUUAGCGAGUAAUUAAGAUAUUUUGUAGAUAACACACACUUCCAUUGAAUCUUAUUUCGAAUUGCGCCGCGCCGUGUGAUGAUGAUUACACAAAGGAAAAAAUGAAAUAAUGAAAGAUGAUGCAACUCGGCGCGAACGCCCACGGUGGUCUCCCUUGCAGACAAAAAAGAAAAUAUGAGAGAAAAGCAGGCCACCGAGAGUCUCGACUUUAGAAGCACAGGCAGAACUAGAACUGAAGAAAGACAUUGCUAGAAAAGAGAGAAAGUGAAGGACUGAGAGGGCGAGAGCAUGGGUAAAGAAAGACCGAUUAACGAAUGAAUGUAAAUGAGAGUUAGUUCGUGAAAGAAUGAACGAAAGCACGAAUGAUAGAAGAGAAACAAAACACAAAAAAAAUAAAAAUAAAAAAAGAAGUUGAGAGAAGCGUUGAAAAAUAGCGUGUGAUCAUUUUGCUGUUAGGAAAAAGAGAGAGAGAGAACUAUUGUUUGAAUGAGACAUGGAUGACAACCUAUGUAUGCGUGUGUGUAUGAGUUGAUAAAAAGGAUGAAAAAAGAAACAAAGGGAAAGAACAAAUAAGAAAUUAGAAAAAUAUAGAUGGAGACGAGACAAUUUAAAUCGAUUCGUUUUUUGAAUACGUGUGCAUGUAAAGUACGACAGGAAGAAGAAAAUCGAAGGACUAGAUUGCGCGCGAUUUCAUACAUCUCUUCGCGUGCUUGUAAUCCUCGUGUGCAUCAAGGAAAAGUUUGUAUGUUGUAUAAUGACAGUAAGAGCGCGAAUGACUGUUUUGGUUGUAUGCACGAAGGAUGGGGGUGCUGGUAGAAAAAGGGGUGGGGAAUAGUGUCUGUCAAAACAAAAAAUUGCUGUAUACACAUUGUAUAUGUACAUAUAUACAAAUAUAUAUAAUUAUAUAUAUUUAUAUGUAUAACUAUAUAUAUAAUAAUUAUAUGUAUAUAUAUAAGCUUACACAUAAAAAGAACGGAUAAAGAUCGAGAGCAAAAUAUUAAACGAUAGACAAGUGGCAGCUUAACAUAUUUGCGUACCUUACAGAGAAUGCUAUCCCACUCUGAUGGAAAUUAUCGAGAUAGUAUUUCACACAUUAUUUUUUCCUUUUUUUUUUUUGAGUGCUUUGUUUUAUUUUUUAUUUCUAAUUCAUUCUAUUUUGUUUUUUUUUUGCACUUUUCUACUUUGCAAAGUAGAGGAAAAUUCUUUGAAGAAACAAUAUUUAUGCGGUUUUUCUGUUUUUUUUUUCUUUUUUGGGAUAAACGUACGUAUAAUUAAAUGCCGUUGUGACCAAAUUUCAACACGUACUAAGUGAUAAAGGAAGGAAUCGAAGAAAAACAACAUUGUAGUAAUAAUAACAUCUUCGGAAAAAAGAAAAGAUACGAAGUGUAAGACUGAAAGUGAGUGAAAGGGAGCGAAUGAUAGAGGGAGGGAGGGAGACGGAGAGAGAAAGUUUUCAAUAAUGUACCGAAACGAAAUAUAUCCGGAAAAGGGUAAGAAACAUAGAAUUUUCGGAUCUAAGCUCUCGAUCGUACCAUUCAAGUGAUUCCGAUGGGACGUAUUUAUAAUCAUGAAACUUUUAUGCUUUUCAAAGCGCAUGUUAUUGUAAACAGAGAGAAAAACUAACAAGUACUAUUCCCCCCAUUGUCAGCUUUUUGCACAUAUUUCGACGGUUCUUGCAUAUACAUUUAUCUAAUGUAACGGAAAGAAAAAAACGAGAAAAAACCAUUCUCAUUUUUAAUGUCCGCCGAAAUGAACGACAACUUACAUUCGAUUUCAUCGUCGCACACCUUCUAUGUCGGUACUUCCUUUUCUCAUUUCGUAGAAACGGAUUUCAUACAUAAAAAUGAACGGUGUUUCGGUUCUCAUAAGGGUAGCAUGUGUAAAAUAAAAGAAAACAAAAACGGGAUAAAUGAAAACGAUUUAGAUUCGACUUUGUUUGAGGAAUAAACAAGUGAGGAGAAAGGAGGAAAAAAGGAGAAUAGAAGAAGAAUAACGAUGAUGAGGUAAACACAUUAAAACAGAACACUUUCCCUAAUCCCAGCUUCUCCCUGACCCCAAAGUAUCCUACUCUAUAGAUAUCUAAAUACGUGUAGUUCUUAAAUUAUUUACUUUAGUUCGAGUGGAGAUGCCUGUAAGUGUAAUUUACUAAGACUUUUUGUAAAUAAAUUAUGAAAUAAACUAGACGUACUUUA